UUCUUCUACGAUUUGGCGAAAGACGUGACAUGCGAUCUUGUUAUUUCAAGAAGUCAUAUAAGAUUAACAUAUCUAAUCGAAGGUGUCUUUGGUGAUAAAUACAUGGACGCAGCGCUCGCUAUUUCUCAAGAAUCCGGCGAAUCCGACGAAUUCUUUGAUUUUGUGGAAUUUAUUGAAAUGGAAUGCCCGAGCAUUCUAGAGUCCGAUCAAUUUUCAUUCGACAUCACUUUUCCCCAACUAAUAAACAUAAUUAACCUGAUGGAGGACAAAAACGUGCAAAUGCAUUAUGACUGUGAAAACCAAACGAUAUGUUGGAAUCAGAUGAAAAUCGAUAACAUAGUUGAUUACACGCUGAAAAUGUCACUGGUACUUGCAUCACCAAGGGAAAUAGACGCACCGGUGCAUCCUCCCUACAAUGCGCAAAUACUGCUCCCUUCAUUAAGAAAAAUUAUUCCAUUCGUCGAUUUUAUGGGAUAUGCGGAUAAGACCAAAAUAGUAUUAUCGGCAAAUAAUCAAGGAGUAUUCAAGUUGUCUUCAUGUAGAAGCGGUAUGAACAUAACCUUUGUUAAUUGUAAGAAUAUUCCAGUAAACGAAGAAUACAUUCUGGGCGGUGAUCCUACAAAAUUCGCGACCGUAAUAUUGGACAGAAAAUUGUUUUUCGAAUUUUUGCGUUCUAAAGGCUUAGAUUGGGAUGCCAACGACGCGAUUACGUGUAAAAUCGCCGAUCAAAGAGGUAUUUUGUUCGAAGGGGAUAAUGGACCUAUCAGUUUCACAUACGUGAUGCCAUUGAUGAUCCCAUCUUCGUAA